UAAAAUUUCAUAAUUCCGAUAAUAUAAUAAUAAUAAAUGAUAAAGUCGGUCAUACAGGCUUCAACGCGCCAUUCUUCCCCUCCAAAUUUAACCACCAUCGCUUCUCAUUCUCACGUCAGUCCUCAGCCGUUUAAUCCCAUCUCUCUAAUCAUCACCGUCCAAAACCUCCAUUGAAAUAGCAGAAGCAAAAUCCUCCAAUUACUCUCUUCUCACUCGCUCAUCUCCAUUUCUAGGGUUUUGUUUUUCAUCUAAUCCUGUCCAAUUUUUUUUUCUCCUUCCAUUUCGUUAGAAUUUUUUGCGAGAUCUAAGACGAUGCCUGUGAAUUUGACGCCGAACGCUAUAGCGAUGAUAAACGGCGGCGAUGUGAACUUGAAGCCUUUGGUGCAGGUUGUUGAUAUAAAGCAGAUAGGCAGCGCGCAGGAGAGGUAUCGCCUCCUCAUUUCCGAUUCCGUUUCUACGCAGCACGCUAUGCUCGCCACUCAGCUCAACGACCGAGUCAAGAACGGCUUCGUCAAGAAAGGAUCCGUUAUUCAAUUGAUCGAUUACAUUUGCAGCGAAGUUCAAAAGCGCAAGAUUAUUGUUGUGCUGAACUUGGAAACUAUAAUACCGGACUGUGAAAUAAUUGGAAAUCCAAAAUUGUUUAUUGAUAUGACUGCUCAGAAGGCAUUACCUAAUGGCAACUCAAUACAGCCAGCAGGGAUUGGUUAUAACAAUCCUAGUGCCCAAAAUUAUGGCAAUAAUAUGCAGAGUUUCCAGCCUCCUUUGAGUGCCCAAAAACAGGGAUAUACUGUGCAUAGUUUCAGGCCCCCACUGACUUCUCAAAAUCAUGGCAAUAAUAUGCAAAAUUUCCAAUCCACUUUGAGUGCCCGAAAUCAUGGUAAUAAUGUACAGAGUUUCCAACCAACUGUUCAACCUCCAUACAGACCACCUCCAAGUUAUAGAAAUCACGGUGCUAUCAUGAAGAAUGAAGCGCCAGCACGCAUAAUUCCCAUUGCUGCUUUGAAUCCUUAUCAGGGGCGAUGGGCUAUCAAGGCUAGGGUAACUGCAAAAGGGGAUCUCCGUCGCUACAACAAUGCCCGAGGAGAUGGGAAGGUCUUCUCCUUUGACCUUCUUGACUCUAAUGGAGGUGAGAUACGAGUGACCUGCUUCAAUGCCGUUGUUGACCGCUUUUAUGAUGUUAUUGAGGUUGGUAGAGUCUAUUUGAUUUCAAAGGGUAGCUUAAAACCUGCACAGAAGAAUUUCAACCACUUGAAUAAUGAAUGGGAGAUAUUUUUGGAGGCAACUUCAACUGUGGAUCUUUGUUCUGAUGAAGAUGGUUCUAUUCCACAACAGCAGUUCUCCUUCAAACCCAUCAGUGAAAUUGAGAAUGCUGAAAACAAUGCCAUACUUGAUGUUAUUGGUAUUGUGAUAUCUGUUAAUCCAUCAGUUCCUAUCUUGAGAAAGAAUGGUAUGGAAACACAAAGAAGAAUUCUGAAUCUAAAGGAUAGUUCUGGCAGGAGUGUUGAGCUAACCCUUUGGGGGGAUUUCUGCAAUAAGGAAGGUCAAAAGCUGCAAGAGAUUGUUGAUUCUGGGGUUUUUCCAGUUUUAGCUGUCAAAGCAGGCAAGGUUAGUGACUUCAGUGGGAAAUCCUUAGGGACAAUUUCUUCUACUCAGCUCUUUAUAAAUCCAGAUAUUCCAGAUGCUCAUGGCCUGAAAGACUGGUUUGAUCGAGGGGGGCACAGUGCUGCUUCUUUGUCCAUUUCCAGGGAUAUUAUGCCAGGAGGAUCUAAGAAUGAGAUACGUAAAACAGUUUCUCAGAUCAAGUUUGAAGGUCUUGGAAGAUCAGAUAGGCCAGACUGGGUGACAGUGAGUGCAAGAAUAACUUUUGUCAAAACAGAUACAUUCUGUUAUACAGCUUGCCCAUUGAUGAUUGGUGAUAGGCAGUGUAACAAGAAAGUGAUAAGAUCAGGAAACUCAAGAUGGCAAUGCGACAGAUGCAAUCAAGAAUUUGAUGAGUGUGAUUAUAGGUAUCUUCUUCAAGUUCAGAUUCAGGACCAUACAGGAUUGACUUGGGUAACAGCUUUUCAGGAGGCUGGGGAAGAAAUAUUAGGUUACCCUGCAAAGGAAUUGUACUUGAUGAAAUAUGAAUUGCAGGAUGAUACCAGAUUUGCAGAUAUAAUUCGGGGCAGACUAUUCCACCAGUAUCUAUUCAGACUUAAGAUCAAAGAGGAAAUGUAUGGUGACGAGCAAAGGGUGAAGAUGACUGUUGUUAAGGCAGAUAAGGUGAACUAUUCUUCAGAGAGUAGAUAUCUGCUCGAUUUUAUUUCAAAAUAUCCUAGAUACUGAAUAAUCUGAACCAAAAGCAACUGAUUUUAGGUCUUGUACUAUUGGUUCUUCGAAAUUCAUUCAGGCUUUUGCAAAGCUGAUAAGAAAUUUAAACGUUCAGUGAUUUUAUCAACAUUAUCGGAAAUAAGCGUCGACGCCUGAGAUUCAUAUUUUUCUUCCACAAUCAUUUUAGCACCUGGAUGUGGUGUUGAUGUUCAUAAUCUGCACUGCCUGGGGGAUGUAUGAUUCUUGGUCAUGUGACUACAGCAUUGCAGCAAAUUCUACAGGAGUGUUAAUAUUAAUUUGUUUUUCCAUUAUUUGAGUGCAUGUUUCUCAUUUAGGAAUGUCAGUUGAAGGAUUAUUUGACGAUCA